AUGUCUUUGGAAGUUCAUAGAAUAGAAGUUAGCGAUAGAGGUAAUUGGACAUGUCGAGUAUGGAAUAAAGAAGGAUCUGUUAGUAGGAAUUACACUUUGCAUAUUGUUGAUUUUUGUGAUUAUUUUCUAAACGUCGGAAUCCACCCCAGCCGAGUCCCAGAAGAAUGCCUCUGUCAAUGGGUUGUUCAACACAAAGAAUCUUCAAACAAAGCAGCAGAGGACCCUUUAUUUCAUUUAAGAGCUUUACCCCAAUUAAGGGCGGAUAUUGAUUUGAGUGGAUUUUUAACUAAUUUUACAAAAUGCCAAAAAUAUUAUAAUGAAGGGAAAAUUGAGGAAAUUGUAAAAUUGAGAACACAACCUAGAAUUUUAAAUAAACAACAAAAAGAAAAUAAUCAACAAAAUAAUAAAAAUGAUUUUAGCCUUAAAAGCACAACCACCACAACUAGCACAACCAACCCUCCAAUAACAACUUUUAGUGCCGUGUUGUCCACAACUACCAUUCCAAGCACAAAACAACAAAAAUUUCGUCCUUCACUUAAAAAUUUGUCGGCAAAAAUUGAAUUAUCUAAACAAUUGUUGAAAGGAAUGAAGGAAGAAAACUUUCAAAAAAAGGAAGAAAAAGUAGUGGAAGAGGAAGAGGAUGAAGAAGAAUCGGAAGAGGAUGAAGAGGAGGAGGAGGAAGAGGAUGAAAGGAAGGAGAGUACAACAAAGGGAUGGACGGAUAAAAAAAGUAAAAUGAGUGCCUCGUUGGUUAACAAACAACGUUUUCAGUUACCUCAGAGAGUUGCUCCAUACUUCCGCAAGUCUGAAGAAGAUACUCGGACAAAUAUUGUAAUUCCAGCAGGAAGGACAUUAAAACUUUCAUGUAAAGCAGGAGGUCAACCAGAACCUCAAGUAGUGUGGAGAAAAGGAAAUGAAGAAAUACUUAGAGAAUCGGAAAGCAAAACAGGUUCAUUGUAUCAAUUGCGAAAGUGGAGUUUAGAGUGGACAGUGGGGAAUAUACUUGUGAGGUUUUCAAUUCUGCUGGGUCUAUUCUGCGUCGAUUUCAUGUUGAAGUUCAAGAUAGAAUACGUGCUCGACCUAUUCUUGUACCCAAUGUUCUUCAAAAUAGAACAGUUGAUGUUAACGGAACAGUUAAUUUUACAUGUCAUUUCUGAUUUGGUCCCUCACGUUAUUUGGAUUAAAUUAAUUAAACAACCAGAAAAUGGCUCUUUUUUAAUUUGGGAUGAAAAAGAACAACGAGAAACUUUAAAUUUUGUUGAUAUGACAACAUUAAAAAACAGAGUAAGAAUAUUUCACGACAAAAGAAGUAAUAGAUACACUAUGGAAUUGAGGAAUGUUUCUAUGUCAGAUCAAGGGUUGUAUUCUUGUGUGGUUGGAAAUACUCUUGGAUUGUCAAUGGGCAAUGCAACAUUAACAGUCAAUGAAUUUCGUUCUUUAACAUUACCAACAGAAGUUCCAACACCUUGGCCUUUGUCUUAUACAGUUUUAUUAAUUCUUUCAUUUUUAUUGUUAUGUGCAUUUAUUGCUUUGUGUUUAUUAUAUUUAUUUUUCUCUCAAAAAUUUUCGGCAAAAAAUAGAGUGCAAAAUUUGGAUAAAAUGUCUGUACGGAAAAAGGUAGUAAUAACUCGAAAACCUCAACGUGAAGGAGAGCAUUGGUCUGAUCUAGCAUCAACUUAUUCCAUUACUGUAGAGCCUGUUCCGGUACUUAGACAACAUGGAGGACGGGGGACUAAAGCUACUCCUGCAGGAACAAGCGGGACAGGGGAUACAGUUCCUUUAAUGGAUUCUACACAACAAUUAUUACAAGGGAAUAUAUUAGAAUCUUCUCUUUUGUCUGAUUAUGAAGUCCCAACAGAUUCGACUUGGGAAAUUGAAAGAAAUAGAUUACAAUAUGUUGAUAUUUUGGGGGAAGGGGCUUUUGGGGAGGUUUGGCAAGCUUUGUUACAGCCAAAGAAAAUUAAUGAAGAUAAGGAAGCGAAGGAAAAUAAACAAGAAUUAAACAAAGAAAUUAAUCAAAUAGAGCCGGUAAAUUGUUAA